CAUUUGUUUCUCUCUCACCCUCUUCUCUCAUCAUCAUCAUCAUCUUCUUCUUGUAUCUGUUUCUCUGUCUCUUAUCAUCCUCUUUCUAUUUUACUGUCUUUUUAUUUUUCUCUCUUGGUCUCCUCGCCUCUUUUAUCUUUCUAUCAUCAUCAUCUUGUCUCUCUCUCUCUCUUCUGACUCUCUUUUUUUUCAUCUCUCACUGAAUCAGUCAGAUCAAUUUUUAAAUUUUCUUCAUCAUCAUCAUCAUUAUUCUGUGCUUUUUUCAUCGCCGUGUUUGUCAUUCUGAUUUUUCCUUUUAUCCCUUUACCACGAUUAUUAUUGGUGGAUUUUUCAUUUUGUGAUCGACUUUUUUUUUCAUCUUCUGUGACUUUAGAGAGUUUUAAUUGUUUUCACAUUUAAGUUUUUUUUUCUCUCUCUCCUCAUCCUAUUGUUAUUCUUCAUUUUUGUUUUUUUUCUUCUUUAUAUAUUUAAAUCUUUGACUUUUUGAUUAUUAAUUCAAAGAUAUAAUAUGACGAGUGUUGUUGAAACUGCUCCUGCUGUCGUUGCCACUGAAGGUACAACUGAUUCCAAAAUUGAGGAUAAAGUUGGUGGUGGUGAUACCAAUAAUACCAAUAAUUCAACUACUGUUGUUGGUGCUGAUGAUGAACAAUCAAAGAAAACAACAGAGGCAACUACUGAAGAAUCAAAUAAAGAUGCUGUUACUGGUGGAAAACCUAAACCAAGUGUACACAAAGUAGAUUUUGAGGAAGGAAAAGUCUACUUGUAUCAAUUUGAAAGAUGUGCAUCAUUACCAUCAUCAUCAUCCCAUUGUCUUAAAUUGGAGACAUUUUUACGAAUGGCAAAUAUUCCAUAUGAGAAUGUUGAUCAUAAAAUGAGAUACAAAUCAAGUAAAGGAGAUAUGCCAUUUGUAGAAUUGAAUGGACGUGAAAUUGCUGAGACCGAUGCUAUAAUUGAGGAAUUAUCGAAAGAAUUUAAGAUUGAUUUAAAUUCUGAUUUGACAGGCGAGCAAAAAGUCAUAGCCCAUGCUUUAGAAUCUAUGCUUGAGAAUCAUACCGCUUGGAUUAUUAAACAUUGGCGAUUUAAACACCCACAAGAGUUUCUUAAAGUUUCUGGAACUGAUAUAAAGAAGACAAUUAACUCUAAGCUACCUCAAUCAGUUCUCAAUUUUAUGUUCAAAAUAGGAUUCAAAAGUAAUAUCAAAGACCUUAUUGGGCAUGGCAUUGGUCGUCAUGAUGCUGAACAAGUAUAUGCUACUGGGCGUAAAGAUUUGGAAAUGCUAAGCAAUGCAUUAGGCGAUAAGCAGUAUUUCUUUGGAGAUAAACCCCGAUUGUUGGAUGCUGAGGUUUUCUCGAUACUUGCCCAAUUCAUUUUUGUUCCAUUCGAGAAUUACGAUGAAUUUAUCAAGAAUGAUACUUCUAAUCUAUUCAAAUUUGUUGAGAGAAUGAAGGAACAAUACUGGAAGGAUUGGGAUACAAUUUGUCAAGCGGUUGAAGUUGUCGGGAAAAAGGAAGGUGAAUCAGAAGACACCAAGAAAUCUGACGAAGCUAUCGAAGAAGAAAAGAAAAAGAAAGAAGAGCUCAAAAAAGAAAAGGAGGAAAAGAAACGUAAAGAGAAAGAAGAAAGAGAGAAGAAAAAGAAGGAAGAGAAAGAAGAGAAAGAGCGAAAGAAGCGCGAAGCAAAGGAAAAAGCAGAAAAAGAAAAAGCUGAGAAAGAAAAGGCCGAAAAAGAGAAGGCAGAGAAAGAAAAGGCUGAAAAGGAGAAAGCUGAACAAGAGAAAAAAGAAGCCGAAGCAAAAGCUGAAGGUGAAAAAGGAACUGAUGGAGGAGAUAAAGCUGAUAAAUCUGGUGGUGAAGUAGAUGAAUCUCAAGGUAAAAGCGAAGCUGGUGGUGGUGGUGAAGUCGGUGAAAAAUCAGCGGAGAAAAAAGAUGAUACCAAAGAAAGUGAAGGAAAAUCCGGUUAAAGAACAUUUUAUAUCGUUUGUUUAUUUUAUUCCCGAUAACAUAAAAUCAACAGGUACUUUCAAUCGGACAAUCGAGUGAAUAUUCAUCUGUUCCACUAUGGAUGAGGAUAAUUUACCAAGUAAAAAUUAUCAAGUAAUGCGAACAAUUUCUUUCCUCGUGCAUCCCUUUAACCAUAAUUCCUGUAAAACAACAGAAGAAAAAAUUUUAUCAACAAAGAUCUAUUCCAACAGAUCUGCUCUCAAUUUCUCUCACACUCAUAACAAACAAACAUCAACAACCAUAAAAUUGAAACAAACAAAAAAAAUGAAACAAAAAAAAAUCAUUUCUCAUGUAUUAUUUGAUCAUAAACAAAACAAACUCAAACACUAGGAAAUUCAAUAUCCAUCCCCCUGUAUCUUAUUUUACAUUUAUUUUUAAAAAAUACGACUUAAAAUAUUAAAUAUUGACUUGUGAUUGAGAA